AUUUAUCUUGGUGUUGAUGAGGCUUGUGUUUACCCUUGAGGCUGCCAGUGUUGGCCCUGACACCACCGGUGGAGGAGUACGUGUGGCACUCUCAUAUAUCCUGUACUACAGCCCAGUACACUGACAAGUAUACGCUAAAAUGUACUCCAUUAGAAGUUAUUUAAGGUCACCUGUACAGGUGUCUUUACGGUCUUUGUAUACGAGUGUGGCUACUUACACCUCAGCACCGCCACAAGACCCACCAGGGCAGAAGGACCAGCAACAGGAAGAGCCAGUAGAGGAGUGGAAGCAGAAGGGACGGAUCAACGACAAAAAGCCCAUUAAAGUUAACCUGGUGGGAGGGAAGAGGUACCUCUGGUGCGCUUGUGGAUACAGCAAGAACCAGCCCUUUUGUGAUGGGACUCACCUCUGGAGCAGAUUCCGGCUGAAGAUUAAACAGUCGCCGAAGCUCUUCAAGGCACCGAAGGACGGACCUGCCUCUCUCUGUUUGUGUAAACAGACCAAUAAUCCUCCCUAUUGUGACGGCAUUCACCGCAGGAAGGAAAUACAAGACGCAGUCAUAACUGAACCUUGAGGUCUCUCCCAUGCUUGAAUAGGUGCUUUGCUUAGGUGUAUAUUGUCAGGAAAAUUAGCAGGAAGGUUAAAACGUGUGCCAUAGUUAGGCUACGGGUAUAUUCGGGGAAUAACAUGGUUAAUCUGGAAUAUCCAAUUCUAGACUAAAGUGAAUUUAAGAGUUAUUGUUAAUCUAUUUAAAUUUUUACAUUAACAAAAUAAAUGCAUUUCUACUGUACAGUAUACAUGUUACUUAACCCUAGGCAUAAUGUAAAUUGUACAACUAUACAUGUAUACUGUAAUUGUAUAUACUUCACUGUAUUUGCAUUAAAUUGUAAAUAAUUAAUACAGUACAGUAUAAUAAAUUUAUGCAUUCUAAAUACAGUAGUGCAGUGAGAUGAUGUAUCACAUUCUGUUGUAAUACAGAACUGGUCUUAGUCUUUACCUGUGGUGCAGUAGAAUGGACAUAGCCAACAUAAAACCAAAUAAAACUGCAAUAUUU